AUGACUGGUCCACAGCUUACUGUGCUAGUGGAUAAGCAUCAGCAGCAGAUUGGCGAGACUGAAGCGACAAGCAGCUUAGCGGUGGUAGAGGGGGUGUGGGGGUGGCCGGCACAGAACUGGCCACGGUCAGCUGCGUACAGAGAACGGACCCAGCACAGCGCUUGCUCUGCUAUGUUAGAGGGGGCCUGGAAGACAGGGCUUUUAUGGCCUCUUCUUUGCACGACCACAUGGACUCUGGCUUGGGCACUGGUGCCAACAGGGGAUUCUUCAGUUAGUCCCAUGCUUCAGAGGACCACUGCCUUUCCUGCUGAUGAAGAUGAGGAGAACAGCACACUGUCCCCUGCCAGUAACUACACAGAUGUCAUGUGUAUGUCCCUGCUACCCCCGCAGCAAGGUUCAUUUUCAAUAGAGAAGGGUACAGGAGUGUCUCUGGGCACGGUACUGGCCUUCUGGUGCCAUGAGGGCUUCCAGCUGGUGGGCAGUCUGAAGAUUUCCUGUGUCCUGCAGGGCGGCACUGCUCAUUGGAGCAACCUCUGCCCCAUGUGUGAGGCCAUCCCCAAACCGGAGGACCGCGGCUUGCGAGUGGCCGUGCUGGCAUCAGUGGUGAGUGGCAUCGUCAUCCUCGCCAUGUCCGUGUCCUUCAUCAUCUGCUGCCUACAAGAACGAAUGAGCAUGGACAGAGGAGAGUGGAGGGAAGGUAGGCGAAGGCAGAGAGAUAAGCCUCGGUCCUGUCAUAAGAGUGAGUGUUGGUUGGAAAGGGAGGAGGGAGACUGGGACGAAUUUCCUCCUCCAAAGAUUUACCAUCUGUCCCAGUGUCUGGAACCAUGUCUCGCUCUUGACAGCCCCCUGUACAUGGGCAGCCUUGCAGGCUACAAGAACCAUGGCUAUCAGAGGAGUCAGGAGAGCCUGCUGAGUGUCCCUCUGCCUGGCCUAUACCAUACGGAGAGUCAGGUGUACCCCCACGUGGUUCUGCAAAGAAUGCCCACACCAACAGCUGCAACUGUGCCAAACACCACUAGCACCACCGCUUAUCUUCACCUUUUCACCCCACCGCUCAAAGACAGCCUCACUGCCCAGCCUGUACUUCCCCCCUACCCCAAACCACCCUACAACAGCUCCUCUGUCACAACACAGUGCCUUUGGCCAUAG